AUGUUAAAUAAACAAUUGAUAAUAAGUUUACCUAACAUGAUAAUUUCCUUUAAGCUUAAAUAUUCUAAGAGUGAUGAUUUUAAGAUCCUUUCAUAUGGAAAUUUUAUGUCCACACAAUACAGGCUAAGCAUAAAUAUAUUUAUAGACAGCAGUUUAGUGGGAAAGAGAGCAGCAAAAAAAUGGGAUAAUGCAUUAGGUGCUGGCUGUGCUUUGAGCAUAAUUAAGAUUGAACACUUUUUAAGCAUCAUGUUAAAUGCAUUUUCAACAUUCGUUGCCUUGCCUUUUGUUAGUGCAGAAACAUCAACCGAAAAAAUGUGUUUUGGUAUAAAAAUUAUGUACACAAAACGGGUGCUGAAAAGAACACUCCCACAACUUAUUCAAAGAGAAUAUUGA